AUGGAUAAAUUUAUAUCUCCAUUAUUUAGUGAAAAAUAUCUUGCAAAAUGUAAAGUUGUCUCUUUUUCUAUAUACGACGCUCAUUUACUUAGUAAGCUGCCAACAUUACCUGUAAAUUUAUUCAUUAAAAAUAUUAAUGAAUUAAAAAAUCAAGAGAAAUAUCCUAAAGAAUUGGCUUUACUUAAAUUACAAUUAGCACCACAAGAUUGUACAUAUAUUUCUGCAUUAGAGAUGUUAGAUGCAACUGAAAUUUAUGUGGAUAAUUCUUCUAUUAAUAAAAUGAUUCAAAAUUCUCCAUUUCAAUCACCAACUAUAACUUUUGAAAUUAAACCUAAACAAGGUUUUUAUCAGGUUCAUUUUAAUGUUGAUAAUUGUGAUACCAAUUUAAAUAAUUCUUUAUCAAACAUGUAUUUUCCCUAUUGCAAUAAUUGUGUUUUACAACUUGAAAAAUGGAAGUCACAGGCGUUUGCAAAAAUGUAUGAUUUUUGUCCCUUAGAUUUAUAUAGUGGUGAUAAAAAACGAAUGGUUAAAGCAAUAAAAUCAUUAAUAGAUGAUCCACAUAGAAAUAUGAGAAUAUUUAAAGAUGGUAUAGAAAUACAUUCAAAUGAAGGACAGGUAGGAAAAGAAGGAUUAGAAAAAAGUAUUGGUGAAUUAAGUAAAUAUAUUGAAAAUAAUAAUGGUGUCAAUAAUAAUGAUUCUAAAAAUUUUUCUAUUCAACCAACAUCAAUUAUUAAUGAAUUAUUGAUGGGACAACAGAUAGAUAAAAUUGGAUUAGUUGAGGGUAUCAAAAUUUUAAGACAAUUUUCAUUAAAAGAUCGUUCAAAAUUUAAUGAUAUUUGUCAAUGGACAACAAAAAAUCUUUCAUCAAUUGUUGAAUCUAAUAGUAAUGAAAAUAAAUUAUGGCAAUAUUUGUUAGCUGCAACAUUGAAAGAUUGUUCUCUAAUGAUAAGUAUGAAAUUAAUUAAUUCUACUAUAAAGGAUCUCUUUUCAAAAGAUUUGGAGAGUAUAGUAACAAUUUACCCUAAUGCAUCUCAAAGUUAUCCAUUACAUUUCAUUUAUUCAAUUAAAGUUGUUGACUUAGAUCCAAAAUCUCCAAAAAAUCUUGUCAAUUCAUAUGCACGGUUUUUGGAGGGACUUAAAUUAUUACAAUUAAAUCCAUCACUACGUAUAUCUUGCCUUCAAUCAUCAACAAAGCAAUCAAAUGAUAGUUAA